CCUUCCGCUUCUUUUCUUAAUUCAUAAGAAAAAAAGUCGAUUAAAUUUGAAAACGUACACUCGAAAUUCACACCCAUACACAAAGAUGUAUGUGACAAGGCCUCUUUCCAUGUACAGGAAAUCGCCAAGCACCCUUUCCCUUCAUCCACCCGAUGCUCCACAUUCAGGUUUCAUGGUGAUUACAGAUGAAGAUGCAGAAGCACACGACGCGUCUUGCUGGGGCCUAUGCAAGCGCAGAAAGGUAUCGAAACUGCCGUUCCCACAGGACAAGAUACUGACCAUCGUUUACACGUCGGAGUUCCAAGAGGCCACGAAGACUAAGGUCUGGUUCAUCCCGGUUCUUGAUCAGCCUCUGUCGUCUCAUUGCUACUAUGUCAUCAAAGCAAGUGGCAGGCACAAAGGGAAAGCUUACAGAUGUGCUAGAGAGAGGGACACCGUGAAGUGCUGCUUUAACGACUUCUUGGGAGACAAGAAACCAAGGGUUUUAAAUUUUAGAGACAUAUACCAACAAGUUAAGAUUCAUCGCUUCGAAGGUGGUGGGUUUUUCGCAAGGGCUGUAGCUCCCGACGGCGUUCCCCCAAAAUUCCUCAAGAAAAAAGGAUGGAAAGUUCGCAGCUCGAGUAUGUAUCGUUCACAACUAGGUGAAGCUUUAGGCCUUGACGCCUCGCUCCGUUCACGUCUUCCGGACUUCAAUGUUACCAUCUUUCAAAAGCGCUCGCGUACUAGCACUGUGGGGAACUGGUACUGUCCAUUUGUGUUUGUAAGAGAGAGAGCAACCAUAAGACAGCAGAUGAAGAAGUCGAAGUACUACAGAGUGACUUUUGAGCAAUGGUGGGAAGAGAUAUACUCUUGUGGGAACGUUAACCGUGAAGGGAACGUUGUGAAUGUGAGCGUAGAUGUGCAAAGGGAAGUGGCUAUGGUAUCUGCUAUGCAAGCCGUGAAGGAUUGUAGGAACGGACGAACAGGGUUCACCUGGUACAAAGCCCAUAACCCAUACAGCAAGAAAGUGGUCAGUGUAGGUUUGAGCUCCGCAAUUGUUCAGAAUAUGAGAUGGGUUUUGGAGGCAGGAGGGUGGGUUAGUGGGGGUGAUGAAAUGGAUGUGAGAGUAGAGAAGGCAGAAGAGAUUACAAGUGCAACUCGGUGGAGGAAGUUUGGGUGUUAUGUGUUGGUGGAGAGCUUCUCUUUGAAGAGAAUGGAUGGAAGCUUUGUUUGGAGAUCCGAUUUUAGGCACACCGAUAAGAUUCGAUGUAAAUGGGAAUAAGGUUUCGAUUAAGAUUCUUAAUGAAAAAAAAAAGGGUGGAUCCUCAUAUGUAUUCUCUUUACUGUUCAUCUGUCUGUAGCAACAGUGUAUCGAUCCUCGCAUGUAUUCUCUUUACGGUUCAUAUGAAGGAUGUAAAUUUCCAAUGCUAUGAAGUACGAAGUUAUGAAAUUUUCAAAAUCAAGAA